AUGAGCAAGCUCAACGCCAACGCCUUUAGCUUCGUCCCCACCCAGGCCUUCAAGACCCCCCAGCAGCCGGCCCAGCCUCCUCCUCCACCCAUUGAGCGUCCUCCCCAGACCGAGGCCCCCGCACCAGCACCCACUAUCUCGCUAAACAUUGGUGGCUCUAGGCCUCCGCCCUCAUCCGUCCCCGCCCCCGCACCGACAAUUUCGCUUAACAUCGGCGGUUCGAAGCCCGCACCUGCACCCGUCCCUUCCCCCUCGCCCGCCCCCGCUCCCAAAGUAAAAGCAGAGCCUGCUCUUGCAUCAGUACCGGAGUCCAAGCCAGCAGCUGCCUCCGCCGCUCCUUCGAAGACUUUCACCCUCGAUCGCGCAAAGACCGACACUGCUGCCAUAGCGCAAGAAGUCCGCACUGCCGCGGACGAUGAGGUCUUGAAGGAUCUGUUCGGAAGUGUGAAGCAGCAUCUGAACAUCGUUUUCAUCGGACAUGUUGAUGCUGGGAAGAGUACUAUGGGUGGAAACCUCCUCUAUAUCACCGGCAUGGUCGACAAGCGUACCAUGGAGAAGUACGAGCGCGAAGCCAAGGAGGCCGGCCGUGACUCUUGGUACCUCUCCUGGGCACUUGAUUCGACACCACAGGAACGCGCGAAGGGCAAGACUGUCGAGGUCGGUCGCGCGUACUUCGAAACGGACACACGCCGCUACACCAUCCUCGAUGCUCCCGGUCACAAGACAUUCGUGCCCUCUAUGAUCUCCGGCGCCGCUCAGGCCGACGUAGCUGUCCUGGUCAUCUCGGCCCGCAAGGGUGAAUUUGAAACCGGGUUCGAGAAGGGAGGCCAGACUCGCGAACAUAUCAUGCUUGUGAAGACCGCCGGUGUCAGCAAAGUCAUCGUUGUGAUCAACAAGAUGGACGAGUCGACGGUCAACUGGGAAAAGGCCCGUUUCGACGAGAUCAAGGACAAGCUCACACCUUUCAUCCGAGCCGCCGGAUUCAACGUAAAAACAGACGUCACCUUUAUCCCUGUGUCUGCAUACACUGGCGCCAACUUGAAGGACAGGUUAAAGAAGGAGGUCUGCCCUUGGUGGGACGGCGCAUCACUCCUCGAGCAGCUGGACACUAUGCCCAUGGUAGACCGCAAGAUCAACUCGCCGCUAAUGAUGCCCGUAUCGGAGAAGUACAAGGACAUGGGUACUGUUGUCGUUGGGAAGAUCGAGUCUGGUCACAUGAAGAAGAGCGACACUCUCCUGCUCAUGCCGAACAAGAACAUCGUCGAAGUAUCCGCCAUCUACAACGAGAUGGAGGAUGAGGUUGAUGCUGCGUUUUCCGGCGACAACGUGCGCAUUCGACUUCGCGGAGUAGACGACGAAGAUAUCAGUCCUGGGUUUGUGCUCACGAGCCCAUCGAACCCCGUACAUGCCGUCCGGCAGUUCGAAGCUCAGCUGGCCAUCCUCGAUCACAAGAACAUCAUCUGCGCCGGGUACUCUGCUGUCAUGCAUUGCCACACGCUCUCAGAGGAGGUUACCCUGGUCUCGCUUCUCCACUACUUCGACAAGGCAACGGGCCGCAAAUCACGAAAGCCUCCACAGUUCGCGAAGCGGGGCCAGAAGAUCGUCGCACUCAUCGAGACCGAGCAGCCAGUCUGCGUCGAGCGGUUCACCGACUAUCCCCAGUUGGGGCGGUUCACGCUCCGAGACGAAGGGAAGACAAUCGCGAUCGGGAGGGUAACCAAGCUUAUCGAAGGUCCGCUAGAGGAAAUCGCUGAGGGCGUCGCGAACGUUUCCGUCAACGCUUGA